UCCGCCCGUCUACCAAUGACGAGGGAGAAGGCGGUGUUUGAGGCGGGUCUAAUGCGGAGGGCGGAGGGCGUGCGGAGAGCGGGUCCUGGGCGGUAACGGCCGGAGAGAGGGCGAAGAUGCAGUUUAUGCUGCUUUUUAGUCGUCAGGGGAAACUUCGAUUGCAAAAAUGGUAUGUCCCACUCUCAGACAAAGAGAAGAAAAAAAUUACAAGGGAACUUGUCCAAACAGUCCUUGCUCGCAAACCCAAGAUGUGCAGCUUUCUGGAGUGGAGAGACCUGAAGAUUGUAUAUAAAAGGUAUGCAAGUCUUUACUUCUGCUGCGCUAUUGAGGACCAGGACAAUGAACUCAUUACCCUUGAGAUUAUUCAUCGUUAUGUUGAACUCCUAGACAAGUAUUUUGGAAGUGUCUGCGAACUUGACAUUAUCUUCAAUUUUGAGAAGGCUUACUUUAUCCUGGAUGAGUUCUUGUUAGGAGGGGAGGUACAGGAGACCUCGAAGAAGAAUGUUCUGAAAGCAAUUGAACAAGCUGAUCUGCUGCAGGAGGAAGCUGAGACUCCUCGUAGCGUGCUGGAAGAAAUUGGACUCACAUAAAUGUCUCGUUAAAGUGAAUGUUCCCCCAAAUAUUCUGAUCUAGAUUUCACUGCUUUAAUUGUGAUGUAUGGCUACUAUUGCAGGAAACUGUCUCUUGUUUUGUGUAUUUUAGUUAGCAGAAGUUGAACUUGCAAACAUUUUUCAUUAUAAGAAGAUUAAAAAGGGAAACAAUAUAUUUUUGAAAUCAAUAUUUGAGUUCAAUGGAGGCUUGGCUCAAAUUCAAUGGUUUGACAGAAUGAAGACUUUAAAUGACUACUUAAGUAAUGUGACCAUUAUUUGAUCCAAGCUGCAAACUAGUGGGUCUGUUUAAAAACCUCCUGAUGUUCCUGUUUCGUUGGCUCAAGGAAUUGGACAUAGGUGUUUCUUAUCAGUUUCUGUCAAAUGCCAAGUUUACCCUCCUUUUUUGCCAAAGUCAAUACUCAUCUUUGGAUUCGUGAGUGCCAUGUGAUUUUCUUUUGUUUCUCACAUGUUCAAUCUCAGUAUAUGCUCAAAAUCAAAAGUUCAGAAUAUACCAAAGCAACCAGUGUUGACAACUAUUUUUGUGUUUUGUUAAACAAUUUAUUUUUUAAAUACAAUUGUCCUGCCUACAUUUGUGGGCUUGAUCUAGUUUGUAUUUUUAAUAAUUUUGAUCUGAUUUGUCUUUAAGGGUCACAUAUCAGUUCAGCAUGAGGAAAUGUAAAGGAGAGGAGGAAAGGGAUUGUAGUAUACCACUGAACUAAAUCAUAUUAAAGGAAAAUUCAAUUUUCUUUGAGCUAGGAUAACUUUUGAUAUUGUGUGUUAGCUGUAGCUUUUCGGUCUGAUAGCCUCACUUCUAUCUGGCAUUACUGCCUCUCAUCAGAAGUAGAAGAUUUCAGCUGUACUGAUGUUUACAUUUUUUAAAAAAAAAAACUAUAUACUGUGUUCAGCACAGAUUCAUAAUUUUGCUAUUCUGAAUAUGUAAAAAAAAUUGAAAGUAUUUUCAAUUUACAAAACAAGUAAUGGUAGUUUUCAAUAGUGGUGAAUAAUUUUGACUUUUUUUCCAAAUCAUGUUUGCAUUUUCUUGAACUGAGAUGAUUUAUUUGAUGUUUGUUUUUGAACCUCCUUCAAGCCAAAUCAAGCUGUUCAAACAGGUGUCUCAAGUUUUAAUUUUGGUUGACUAUUCAAUAGCUUAACUGAUUUGCGUUCUGCAAAAAUGUAGCGAGUUUUAGCUGUUUAAAUGCUCCUGACUAGCCAGUGCUGGUGUAAAGCUAGGUGGUUGUCCAAUGGUUUAAUGCCUUCAUUUUCCAUGAAAACAGGAGUGAAAGUGUUAUAUCAUCAAUGUACAAGACUGAAAAAUAAAUGUCCUCACUAACAUGAAAAGAAA